AUGUCUCAAUUAGAUCAGGUCAAUCUCUUUCGCGGCUGGCCUUCCACAGACCUCUUGCCAACCGAGCGUCUAAAAAAAGCUGCGGUAGACGCCCUGUCUAAUCCACUUGUUUCAGCUGAAGGAUAUGGCUACGGCCCUGAUGAAGGAUAUCUUCCUCUGAGAAAAAAUAUCGCCUGGUGGCUUAGCGAUUUUUAUGCCCCCGUUCAGCCUGUUGACUUCAACCGUAUAUGCAUCACCGGCGGUGCCAGUCAAAAUUUGGCGUGCAUUUUGCAGGUGUUUACAGACCCAAUUCAAACGAAACAUGUCUGGCUUGCGGACCCGACAUAUCACCUCGUCUUUCAGACUUUCGAAGAUGCCGGUUUCUAUCAGCGGCUUGGCGGAAUACCAGAGGACGAAGAGGGGUUGGAUGUCAACGCUCUCGCGGUCGCUCUUGAAGCGUUUGAAAAGAAAUUUAGCGAAAGCAAAAAGGAUAAUGGACAUGAGAAUAUAAAAUCAGCCAAACCGCAUAGGAAGUCAUAUCGGCACGUUAUAUACUGCGUCCCAACAUUCUCGAAUCCUUCCAACAAAACAAUGUCAUUGUCACGACGCGAAUCUCUUGUUACAAUUGCCCGCAAAUAUGACGCUCUCAUUAUAUGCGACGAUGUUUACGAUUUCUUGCAAUAUCCGGAAUUCAAUAACAGCUUAGUCCGAUCCCGCCUACCGCGUCUCGUGGACAUUGAUAGGUUUCUCGACAACGGCCCGAGAGAUCGAUUCGGAAACGUGGUGAGCAAUGGUUCAUUUAGCAAGCUAAUUGGUGCUGGCUGUCGAGUGGGCUGGGCUGAAGGGACUGGUGAUCUCAUUUACGGACUCUCUCAAACAGGCUCUACGCGCUCUGGCGGUGCCCCGUCACAGCUCAUGUCAACUUUCAUCAACGAGUUAUUUGAAGAUAAAUCUCUUCAACGACAUAUUGUCGACACCAUCAUCCCAGCUGGUGCACGCCGGUAUGCUCUGAUUAUAUCCGCGAUAAAUGAGCAUCUGGCUCCACUUGGCGUCACAUUCCUUUCUGGCUUUGAGCAUAAUUUAGCAAUUGGUGGAUACUAUGUCUGGAUCCGACUGUCCCUCCCGUUCGAUGCUGCUGAAGUAUGCAAAGUUGCGCUGGACUACUACAACCUCGUCCUAGGUGACAAAAGUCUGUUCACUGUGCCGAGUAGUACCACUCCACAAAAAGAUAGACAACAGCAUAUACGAUUAUGCUUUAUGUGGGAGGCUGAAGACAAGUUGGCGGAGGGUGUGAAAAGGCUUGGAUCUGUGCUUCGAAUGUUGCGUGACAAGUGA